AUGAAUUUUCCGAAAUUUCCAGGGCAAAGCAGCAGCAGCAGCAGCAGCACAAAGCAGCAGCACACAGCAGCACGCGUGUCGGAUUUGGACGUUCAGGGUGCAGCCGCAGCGCAAAGCUCUCUCGUUUGGCCGCUCCCCACGUCGCACGGACUCGCACUCGGUCUGCACUGCCGGACUCGCCGAGGCCCUGCCCUCACAUUUGACGGCUGGCUUCACUUUCCUCACCUCUUCAUCUCUUCCACCAUCACAAACGGCGCCUCAUUCGCCGUGCAUCCGGCUACGUUGCAUCCGGAGCGCGCAGCCAGCGGCGCCGUGGCCCAACUUGCCCCACCCGACCCAAUCUGA